AUGGCACUGAGCAGAAUAGUGCUGUGCAUUUACACGCUGGCUGUGGUGUGCGAAGGCUGCUGUGCGCCUGUGGCGCAGGCGUCGCUCUCGUUCCCAAACUCAUUAAGACUGACGCGAACGCUUCGGGCACGAGUACAGCAGCUCCUCCAGAGCUACAAAGAGCAGCAGUUCGGAGACAGAAACUUUGAAGACAGACGACUCAUAUUAAACACUCUACCGUCAGUCACCAUAAACUAUAGAUCCUGGCUACAAAUACAGGACAUGCAGCGACUCUAUAUUGCUUCGCAUAAUCUUCGCACUUUCUGGGAGCACCUGGAGGCCCAGCGGCAGAAGCUGGAGCUGGAGGGUGAGGAGGGGCGAGAACACCAAAGCCAGCGCCGCAACAAACGAGCACGGCCACAACUCUCCUUGGCCCAGAGCAUUCUGAUAGUUCAGCUAGACCUGCGGGACCUCUUGAAACAAGUCAGCUUUCAGGUACACACACACACACACCUUCCUUCCUUCUUGCUUUUUUUAGUUGAUCACACACACCUUGUUCCAUACAAAAUCAUUUCUGAGACUCUCAUGUCCUCAAACUUUGAGACUCUCAAAUCCUUAAACACAACCACACACUCCGGCUUGCUCUCAGCUGGGGUGAGGGAGCUUUUCACCAUUCCUCCCACUACCAUUGCAAAACCGCUGCUCAACAUGAAAGACUCCAGAGGGGGCACCACCUCCAGUUCCACACAGACCCCGCCUCCCACCAGUAGCUUCUCCAGCCCCACCCCCCGCACCCCUGUCAACCACGCCCUCCAGAGCCCAAACCCCUCCCCCACGUCUUCACCAACCUCACACUCAAGGUCCGCAAGCCCCGCCUCAUCCUCCAGCCCCCUAGCCGACAUGAGGGUGGGCAGCCCCUCCCACUCUGCCCUGAGUAUGAUCUUGACCUCAACACCCUGGGACAUGGAAGUCCUCAAUGGAAGACGGAGCACAUCUGUACACAUGGAAGUCACCUCUAGCCGUGAAGAAACAUCCCAAACCUCUACGAUCCCUCUGCCCAGGGACAGAAAACGUCCGGUGGGCAAGACCACUGCCAGAGGAGGUUCAGGGUCAUCCAGGUGGGUGUCACGCCUGGAGGGUUAUGUCAUCCUCAGAGAUCUGGAGCUGUACCUGGGCCGCCUGGCCCGAGAUUACACACUGCUGAGUGCCAAACACUAGCAACACAAAAACAUAUACACAUGCAGUACACGCAGGCAAAGGAAAAAAAAAUUUAAAAAUAAAAAAGAUUUAAAAAAAAAAAGGAAACCAAAUAGUGAACCAAGUAGAGCAUUCACACAAUAUUCCAGAAGCCAAUAUUCCAGGGCCACACUGAUUAUAGCGUAUGUACCUCAAAGUGUGUUCGGUUACAACUGUUAAUUUUUAUAAUUCGUUCAUGCUGCAUUUAGUCCUCCAUCUUAAAGUUUGUCUGUAUUUGUAAAGAUGGAGAAACAGUGCUAAUAUUUCUGCACUUCUCUAGUGUUUUUUUUAAGUCAUGUUAAACAUUGUGAACUUUCAUAUUCAUGAAAGCGAGGCAGCUAUGGUGUGUCCGACUGUGAGUCACCAAACACGGAGCGUUUCGAGUUGCAUGAAAGCGACACAGAUCUACAACGCCCUACACAUGGGUUUGAGAUGGUGUGGUCUGCACAUUAGAUCCAGCCAAACCCUUCAGAGUGGGAGUGAGUUGAAGCUCUGGAGGAGAAACGCACUGCUCAGAACAGCCUCUGUUUGGUAGUCCUAGUGUGUUAGAAGCACAGCCAGUCUGGCUCAGUGUUUGUCUGGUCGGACUCCUAAACUUAAAGUGUUUCUUAAGCCACUGUUAUUUAUUUAUUACUUAUUACAAAGAACUGUGAAUUGGGAAAUUAUACCAAGUAAACAUUGCACUGAGUUUGUGAUGACAAAUAGCCUUAAAAAAGAAAACAGGAACUUGUGUACUUUCUAGCAGUGUCCAGGUCGGACAGGCUCUGAGAACAUGAAGCUAGAGUCUAAGCAUCGUUACGAUUGGCUGUCUGUGAAGAUUAACUGUAAACCCAUUUUACUCACAGUCCUCAGUUGAGGACUUAAGAAAGAAAUUAAUAAGAGCAUGUACCCUGACAGGCUGACUACAGCCCGAGUUCUACCACUGUGGUAUUUCCCAAAUUGCCCCCACUUCCUCCUUGGUCCAGGAAUCAACCAAUUAGCUAUCAGGCUGUGUGCAGGACCAAAUAAUUCUGUUUCCCUCCCUCUCUUCUGUACUUUCCACCCUCAUGAUGCUUGUGCAGUAUUUAUUCCAAUAUUUAUUUUUUUAUUUAUUUAAGAUAUAAUGACAAUAAGCA